AUGUUUGGCCCCGCUAAAGGUCGCCAUUUUGGAGUCCACCCGGCGCCUGGUUACCCCGGCGGCAUCUCUCCAUCGGCUGCCGGGACCAAAGGUGGUCCCGCGGGUGUCUGGCCUGUGGGCAGCCGGACCGACACGAUGUGGCGGCUCCGCUGCAAGGCCAAGGACGGCACCCAUGUUUUGCAGGGGCUGUCCAGCCGGACCCGGGUGCGGGAACUCCAGAGCCAAAUUGCCGCCAUCACCGGGAUCGCCCCCGACGGUCAGCGAAUCCUCGUCGGAUACCCUCCCGAGUGCCUGGAUCUCAGCAAUGGGGAUACCAUUCUGGAAGACUUGCCCAUCCAAUCUGGUGACAUGCUGAUCGUUGAAGAAGACCAAACCAGGCCCAAAAGUUCACCUGCAUUUACUAAACGUGGUGCUUCUAGUUACGUCAGGGAAACUUUGCCUGUGCUUACCAGAACCGUGGUCCCAGCAGACAAUUCUUGCCUCUUUACCAGUGUGUACUAUGUCGUCGAAGGAGGAGUCUUGAAUCCAGCUUGUGCCCCUGAGAUGAGACGCCUCAUAGCACAAAUUGUAGCAAGCGAUCCAGACUUCUAUAGUGAGGCAAUACUGGGAAAAACAAAUCAAGAGUACUGUGACUGGAUCAAAAGGGAUGACACUUGGGGAGGAGCAAUAGAGAUAUCGAUUUUGUCCAAGUUUUACCAGUGUGAAAUAUGUGUAGUGGAUACACAGACAGUAAGAAUUGAUCGUUUUGGGGAAGAUGCAGGAUAUACCAAAAGGGUUCUGCUUAUUUAUGAUGGCAUCCACUAUGAUCCACUUCAGCGUAACUUCCCUGAUCCAGAUACACCUCCUCUGACCAUUUUCUCCUCUAAUGAUGAUAUUGUUCUUGUACAAGCACUGGAAUUAGCAGAUGAAGCUAGAAGAAGGAGACAGUUUACUGAUGUCAACCGCUUCACCCUGAGAUGCAUGGUAUGUCAGAAAGGAUUAACUGGACAAGCAGAAGCAAGGGAACAUGCCAAGGAGACAGGCCAUACCAACUUUGGAGAAGUGUGAUCUAUGCAUGAAUGAGGGUUGAAGUCUACUACCUCACAGAUCCAGAAGGCUCUGGGUUUUCCAAUAAGCUGUCGUAACCCUAAAGAACAAAGGACACAAUGCUUGAACCAUCCUUUUGACUUAAAACCACUAAGACACUGAAAUUCCUUGUUAAGAUUAAAAUUAGUGUGCAAGUUUACAGAUGUGUGUCUACAGUGGUAAACUGUACAUACAUGCCUCUUUCUGCUGGAGUGACAGAAUAGGUGAUCCUUGCCACCUACUGACACUGACCUGAAGAUUGAGAUUGAGUAUUAUAAACUAGCACCCAGCAGCUUUAACCUGUAGAAGAAAGCAUCACAUUUUGGGUAAUGUGGAAGGCCUCCUGUGAGUCCACUGGACAUUUACCACAGUGUCUCCAGUAACUGAGUCUUUUUAAAAACUCUGAAUGAGUUAAGUUUCUAAAUUAGGAAUUGAUUCAUCAAAUGAAGAUACUCAGAAUUGUCCAAACUGAUUUUAUAUUGCAAUUUGGUAAACUUUAUAAAUGUGUGCUUAACCACUGAUAAGUACAUCACAAGCAAUUUUUACAGGGAUGAGUCUCAUCCUUGAGAAUGUUAUCACAGGACAGGAACUGAUUGUGCCCUGUUUAAGAUCUCUAGUGUAUAAAAAGUAGAAUGUAUGAGGGAAAAGGUGCCUGAGCAGCUUCCUGAAGCUUUAAAAGACCGUUGGCCUCGUGUUUUAAUGCAAUUCAUGUACUGGUCUUUGUCACAUUGGAUAACAUUUUAAAGUUAAGCAGGGUAUUUUUUUAAAUUGGAAAUUCCUUGAAAUUUGAGUCCUCAGUUUUUUCUUCAUUUACAUAAAGAUUUGUCUGGGGGGAUUUAAUUUUCUCAGCUUUUUGUUAAGAGCACUUCCUCCAAAAAAUUUUUUCAAGUAAUAAUGCUCUGCUUUGGGUUGGUUUUUGUAAGAUUUUUUGCACACCUAAACAGCGUUUGCUUUUGUGCUAGCCUUAUCCCUCCACUAAAGUUAUUUUAAAUAAUUUCACAUUUCUGCAAAUUAGCACUUUGCUUAUCUGCAAUCUUUUACUUUGAUUUUUGAAGUUUUAAAGUAAUUGGAGUAAUACUGUUGAAUGAAUUUGUUUCACUUCCAAAAUAGGAAAAAUUGUAAAUCCUUGCCUUAUGCAGCUUUCUCAGAAUUCUGCUUCUUCCUAAUACUAGAUGUGUAGCCAUUUGCUUCGUGGACUAAUCCGCAAGGCACACCCUCUAAAACUUAGCUUCACUACAAGAUCUUCCAGAUAAAGUUUUCUACCUCUUAAUUAUUCUGAUCAGGGAUGCUAAAUUAUAAUUUGUUAUGUAUUAUCUCACAUAAUGUGAAGAGGCUUAAUGUUGUGAAGUUUUGUUAUUUUGGUCUCAUUUUUUAUUAAGUGUCUCACUUAGAAAUAUCAGUGGUAUACUUUAAAGCACUUGGAUCUUUUUCAGCAUAUCUUCCUAGCAAAUGUUUUAAAAUUAACAUUUACUUUUAGCACUUUCACUUGGUGAAGGUGGCCAUAUAAAAUUAAGGAACAUUUGAACAAUAUAGGAGAAAAGUACUUUUAAGGGACAAUUCACAAAGUAUGUUUGAAAUUGUCAGAUGACAUUUCUUGAGUACCUUUUGUGUGCAUAGUUAUUUUAGACAAUAUAAGCUGUUAUGGUCAGUAUAACUUAAAAGUGUUUAGUUUUCUAUUUUACUGAGCCUUAAAAAUAGCACUGAUGAACUUAUGAUACUUAAUGUUUGGCAAUCAUAAUAUGUUCAAAUUAAUAGAAUUGAAAAUCUCUCCACACCUGACUCUCAUCUGGUCUGGAUGGUUUGGGUUUUGUAUCUUUUAUGUCUCCCAGAAAAUAUUAAAUUUAAAACUGUAAAUUAAGAAUAUACCACUAGAUAACAAUUAUCAAAUUGAGCUUUAUGUAUCGUUACUCAGAAAGCUUACCUUCCUUUCUUUGCUACUUCAGGAGACAAAGUUGACAUUUGCUUACUGCAGCUUUAGAUUUAUAGAAUAUAAGUUUAUUCAUGCAACAAAUAUUUAUUGAGUAAUUUAUACUGUGCCAGGCAUGUUUUGAUAUGUUUCUGUCGUAUGUUUUGAUAUGUUCCAACAUAAGUUUCUGUCACUUUAAAAUUCAGUAUAUAUUUUCUACAGUGGGUAAAUUUAACAAAUGGAAAGGAAAAUUAAACCCCUUCAUUGUAAGUGCUUUGUUUACAUAUUAAGUGUCAAAUAUUUAUUCAGGGGAUCUUAUUUCAUUCUAUUUUAUCUGUUAUGUAGGUUGUCCAUUUACCGGUUGGACACAGAUACUCUGUCAAAUUCCUUUCAAAAAUGACUUUAAUCUGCUGAAAUUUAGCACUAGUACUUUAGUGUUCUGAUCAUGGAAAAUUCAAGAUGAAGCUUUAUUUGCGGACCAUCUGAUUUAGUUAUUGAGGAUUAAAAACCUAAACCUUUGCUCAUUCUAAACUCAAGCUUUAAAACCUCACAGAAUUUACAGGGGUUUUUUGUUGUUGUUUGUUUUUUCAUUUUUUACUGUGCUUAUUAAACUCUUGAAAUCAGUUAUUAAAGGGAGUAAAUUCUCAUCUUAGGAAUUUCGAAAAUCUGUGGACUUAUAACUUUCAGGAGGAUUAAAUGUCUUUAAGUUUUGCACUAGAGCAGAGUGAAAUCCUUCUUCCUAUUCAUUCAGUUUUUGCCUGCCAUAGAGGAAUUUUUUUUUUUAAUUAAAAUGAGGACAGUUUAUAUCAGUGGCAAAGUGAAUAAAGACCUCACUUUCCCACCCCACCCUUCUUCCUUUCUUUUACUCUUCUUUGGAUUAAAGGUCAGGUGUAGUGCUAUGAAGAUUCACUCCUGAGUAAAGUGAUUUCAGAAGCUAAAAUUGAAUAUACCUGGAAAUUUUGUGAUGUGUUAGCCAAGUGAAGACAUUAGUGUGUUACAUCUUUUGCUAAUGAUUUGUGGUUGAUUUCUUCAUUGUUUCCCAUGAAAUUAGCAUAGUCAUGUAGUACCCUUGAAGCUUGACUGCUGGUCAGUUUGACCCUGUUUUUAACAACUAAUGUAGUCAUGCCACUUGAUUAUUCCAUGAAGUCCCAGCAAAAUAAUAAUCAGGAAUUAACUAACAUUAUGUUUUCUAUCUAAUUUGUGUCCCUAAAUGCCUAUGCCUAACUUGCUUCUCCAGUUUAUUCCUUCUGUGUAGAGAUUAAAACGUGGGUGUUGCAAGUUGCCCUAAGCUAAACAUAGUUUUCUUACAUCUUUUUGGAAAAAAAUGGAAUGGGAAGUAUGCAAGAUUAAGCAACAGAGCGAUUUUUUUUUUUUUUUUGACAGAUCAGGUGACCUUCCUAAACAUACUAAGAAUUACGUUCUUUCAUGUGUUGAGACACAUUUAAUUUGUUUGCAGCACUUUAAAAAAAAUAUGGAAUAAAAGUUUACAUGUUGGCCCUCUAGGGAUCUAAUUAAGGACAUUAAAGUACAGUUCUUGAGCUACCGUCCAUCAGCUCUUCUUAAUCAAAGAUUGCCAUCAGUAUAGAGUGUAUCUAAUGGCACAACAUUCUGGUGUUUUGGUGACAGUAGAACUCAAUUUCAGUAACUAUUAGGAGCAUGGUCUGUGCUCUAGCAUUAAAAAUGUUAUUAUUAUAAUGUGAAUAUCUUGUAUUCAUUGUACAAUGCAGUAUUCAAAAUUGUCCUUGUAGUGCAAAGAUGACUGAUAAUUUCUAAAAGAUUUGAUCCUUAAAACUUGUUUGUUUCCAAGCAGACUUAUUUUAAGGAAACUGAUUUUUGAGUCAGAGGCCUUAAAAGUGUCGUAUACAAGUGGCAUCAUUUUAAGUCCAAAGUGAAACACUCAAUUUGAAUAAGCUAGUUUAUUAACUAAAGCUGUUUUGUUAUGAAGUGUUAACAGUAUUUCAGCACAUGUCAUUCAACAUAAAAAGAAUAUGAAAUGUCCCUGGUGUGGGAGAGUGUUUAUUUUUCUCAAAAUUAGCUAGCAUUUUGCUUACAGUGCUUUGAAUAUUUGACUUAAAAUUAUUAUUGAUGUUGAAUUGUAGGGUGCUGAUUUAGGUCUUGAUUCACAUACAUUUAAAGGAGGUUGGUAACCCCCUCAUGGUAGAGUGAAGGGAGAAAAGGGCCAAGAGGACAAAGUACCACUGAAAAAGAAGAGAUUGUCAAAUGGAUGCAUUCCUAGUCAUGAAUUAUGCUUUUCCAAACAUUUUUAAAGCAAUGCCUUUGUGUCAACUCAACCCUUCUUCCCCAUUUCUUAUCAUAGAAGGUAGCAUGGCCAUAGGUGAAAAAGCUUGUCAUUAAAGUAUGAAACCAUGAAUUAUAAGCAUUUUGCCAUGAUGCCCUUUUAUACUUAUGUUUUUAAAAGUACUAACCAACAUACAGGAGUUUAGGAAUAGUGAAGAUAUAAUUUGAUUAAGUUGUAGGUAAACAGAAAGGAUAAUCUUAGGCUCAGAAUUUCUACUGUGAUUACGAGUCUACUUUAUAAACUGGUGUAGGCUAUGUAAUUAGCCUGUAAGUUACUUAAAGGACCGGGGGACCUAAUUUUUGUCAGUUUUCCAGUCACAUUGGUGCCAUUCAGGACUCCAGCUGUUUACAGGAAAUAUGUACUUAGCAGAGUAGUAUUUUUCCUUGAAAAAAAUUUAAAUUCAGCCUGAUUACAGAAUGAAUAUGAAUAGCUUGUGAAAAGGGUUAGAGAACAACAAUAUUCCUAUAGUUUCUGUAUUAAUUCAGUAGAGACAGAUUCCUGAUGCAAAAAUAAAACCACAAGACUGUCAAAUUGGAGCUUUAGAAUAUGACUUGAAAAAAUAGGGAUGGGCAAAACAGCAUAAGAAAAUAUUUUUUCUUAAGAUGGACAGUGUUUUCUUGUUUUAAAAAUGUUUUGCCUAUUUGCCAGCAUUUUUUGAAGUAAUGCACUGCUGCUACCUGGAAGAUGUCUAACUUCAUUUUCUACAACUCUUAUGUGAUUUUGCCAUUGUCAUUAAGAUGCAUUGAUUUUAUUUAUGAGGUGUGUGACUUUGAAUAUCUAAAUGCUGUAUUAAGUGACUUGUUUCAAAGGAAUAAAUGAAGUGAAAAC